AGCAUCCCGUGUUUGGAGUUCGGGGUCGUUGACGUACGGAGGAGCGGCAAAGAAAGAGAGAGAGAGAAAGAUAGAUAGAGAAAGAAGGCGGCGAGUCAGAGGCGACAAAACGGCGAGAAGAAGCAAACCGCAGUGGUGAUUCCCCGCACUUCCGCGUGCAGCUGCUGCGUGUGCCGAGGAGCCGCACGUUGCACAACUUCUCUCCGCGCUGUGUAGUAUUCGCGUAUUUACACGCAAUUCAGUGAUCUCAUACGAAGCCCGGUACACGCAGUGAGAGUGUGCAAAAAUGGUGUCCGGCGGCAUGGCUUGCGUCAAGUACCUGCUGUUCCUCUUCAACCUGAUAUUCGCGAUCACCGGCAUCGUAUUUAUUUCGGUGGGCGGAGUUAUUCUGGUCGUUUACAGCGGGUACAGUAAUUUCGUGGAUAGUUGGUUCUUUGCAGCCCCACUCUUAAUGAUAGUAGUCGGUAUCAUAGUCUUCCUUGUAUCAUUCUUUGGAUGCUGCGGUGCUGUAAAGGAAAAUCAUUGCAUGAUAAUAACGUUCUCGGUCCUGCUGCUACUAAUAUUUGCUUUGGAAUUGGGCGCUGGAAUCACAGGUUACAUGAUGAGAGGAGAAGUUUCUAAUAUGCUAGAAAAUCGUCUGAAUGGUACCUUGCGACAAUAUGAGCUUAAUCCGGAUAUUCGUCGUUCAUGGGAUAUUAUGCAACAUGAUUUACAAUGCUGUGGUAUAAAUGGCCCUGUAGAUUGGCCCCGUGGUCAUAAUAAUUUCCGUGACAAUACUGUUCCCGAUUCCUGUUGCAAAGAGAUUCCUGCUCAGGGCCAAUGCGAUGUAAAUUCGAUUCACGUGUACAAUGAUGGUUGUAUGGCGAAACUGCAAUCUGCUAUAGAAAAUAAUGCUAUGAUCCUGGGAGGAGUGGGCAUAGGGGUAGCCCUCAUACAAUUGAUUGGAGUAGUCUUUGCGUGCUGUCUGGCUCGCUCAAUUCGUCGCGAGUAUGAGACUGUCGAAACCACAGCACACUGAUCUGCCAUCAGUUAGGAGGCAUUUUUUCAUAAUAUUGUUCAUCAUACAUUGAUUAAUAAAUACUUGUAGGUUCAUUACGACCGUAAUCAUUCUUAUUGUGCUUACAAAUAUAUACUCAAAGAGGAAUGAUGUCACAAGUAUUUAGUGUACAGCGAUACUUUAAGUUAGCAACGUUUCGGUAUGCACGUAUGUAAUGCAUGUGAAAUUACAUACUUUUGAGAGAAUGCAAAUUGGCGUCCUUCGUUACUUCGCUUUUUCUUAUAAAAUGAAAAAAAAGGCAAACGAAGCAGCAAUAUGCGUUGAACAUAUCCUAUUAAAUUUAAACAUCAAAUUACUGCCAAUAUCUGCCAAAAAUAUAUAUGUCACAUGCAAUAUAAAAGCAAAAAAGAAAACAACUAGUCAAAAAUGUAUACGAUCCUGUUUAUCAUAGAUUACCAAUGUAAUGUUGAUUAAUUUUGGCACAUGUACGACAAAAGGUGCCUGUUAAAUUAUGUGCCAUGAUGCAAUGUCUGAUCUACUUUUUUCAUGUGAUACGUUUAUAUGUUUGGUAAUCUUUUGCGAAUUAUAUACAAUCCUCUGUAUCAUUGUAAGAAAUAGUAUCCGAUGUAGCCAUCAUUCCUCUUAAUUUUUUUGCCAGAUUUAAACAAAAAAAAGUUAUUUCUGCAUAAUCUUCCUCAGAGUGCAGAAUAAAGAAUUAUGUUAAUUGCAAGCAAACUUGUGUUCUAAUAUAAUUUAAUAUUACCAUAAAAUAGUAUGUAGUAUAUUAUAUUUGAAUACAUGCAGUCUUGGCAUCCGUUUUUAAUGCCUCCUCAUCUUUCUCUCGACAAAAAAGUACAGUCUCUAAUACUUAUAAUAUAUACGAUGUUGUAGUAUAAUAUUGUAUUAAAUUUAUAAUGAUUUUCUGUGUUUUACAAAAAAAGAAAAACAAAGAAAAGUGUACUCUUAUUCGUAAUCGACGGUGCCCCGUGAAAUAUACAUAUAUAUAUUAUAUAUAUAUACGUAUGCAUGUAUAUGUAGUGUCAUUAUGUAAUAUCACAUAAUGUACACAGAAAUUCUGUACAUUAUGUACCGAUGAAGUAACAAAAUUAGCGCUUAACAUCUAGCUCGAUUUAAAUGGAGUAUGAAAUGGAAGCUAGCUCUAUCCUGUCAAUAAUUUAGCUUGUAAUGUCAGUGAACUCUGAUAUCGAUUCUUUAUUGUAUUAUAUACUAUUGACAGUAUUGCUGGAAAAAAAUAUUUGUGCAUGUUUAGAGCUAAGUUCAUUCAUAUUUGGGACCAAAGCAAAAGCAUUAACGUUAUUUUUACUGAGCAACAAGUUAUUUCUGAAAAGAAAUAAAUGAUUUUAAAGGACAAUUAUGUGAUACAUUAAAAAGACUUUUUUUGAACCUCAUUCCAUUUUUCGCUAUUGAAAAAGCUUUCAAUAAUAUUGGAAAAGGGAAUUAAAUGAGAAUGAAUUAUGAUAAUGUAAAACCACUUGUUCAUUUGCUUCCAUUUAAAGAAAUUUUUAGCAUAUUUUAAAUGCAAUUUGAAAUUUAUGUCAAUUGGAUGCCAUUAGGUAACAUUACGUGGGUUUAAGUACGUAAAAAAUGUAAAAUAUUCAUUUUAGAUUUAUACGUAACAAGUGAGAGGGAAAAAAAUUUAGAAAUUUCACUGCGUCUUGUCGAUUUCACGAAUUCAAGUACCAUGACUUAAAUUUGAAUUAUGUAAGUUUCUGUAGUCUUGUGUAUACAAAUGCAUGAAAAUUUAUAACAUUCCUUUUAGACAUAUAUAUAUCGAACGUUAUUAGAACGUAUAUGUCUGAAAAAAUGGAGAACGUAUUUAUUGCAAAUAAUUUAUAUGUAAGAACAAAGAAUAUUGAUAUAUUUAACUAUUUUACAAUAAUGUUGAAAUAAUUUAAAUUUACCAUCGGCACACGUACACACACACACAUACACAAGUGGCAAAUGCACAAGAUCUCAGAAAUAAACAUGAACGUCCGUAGGAUAACCAUAAUUGCAGAAACAUAGAAAUAAUAGCUAUGAGAUAUUAAAGUGUGCCUAACAUAGUAACGUUUAUGUUAUAAGUUAAUAGAGAUUAGAAAGCAUUUUCAAUGAUAUUAACCUAUCGACCAUGCGCAAUGUAGCUUCGAAACUAGCACUUGUCCGAAACGUUUGCUCCUUUUGAUUAUAUAAAAUCACCUGUUUUUGUCAGAAAUUUUAAUUGAAAAUUUAGACUCUGUAUGUAUUAAUUGUACCAAGCAACGCAAAAGACUGACGAAGAUUAUUGUAAUCAGUAUUAACUAACAUUGGUAUUUUACAUACAAUAUAUACAUAUUAUAUAUAUAUUACACAUACACGCACAUCAUACGCUCGACACACACCAUACACGCAUACAUACAAACACCCACAGACACAAAUAACUUUGUACUAAAUUCUAUUUUGGCUGCUUAUGUUAUUUUUAUUAUAAACGUAAAUUAUUAGUAUCGUUAGUGAUACAAAUGUAAUUUCGUUAUUACAAUAUAACUAAUUUACGGCAUUUUAGGAGCCAACAUGUCCUUAGCACAUAUUCAUCUAGCUUUUAUGUAUACUAAUAAAUUUAAUGACACUAAA